UCGAACAUCAGCAAACUCUCAUUUCCAGUUUGACGGUGCGAUCACAGUAUGGGCUUUGUGCACACUGCCAAGCCGUGUGUCGAGGCGACGACGACGACGACGACAAAGCCGGUGACCAAGUGCCGCUUCAAGCACGGCGGCUACGUGGUCGCGGCCGGCCUUGUCGCGUGGCUCUCGUGGUCGCUCCAGGGCCUUUCGCCUGUGACGCGCCACACGAUCGAGAUGCCUGAGGGCGCGCAUUCGGCAAACGCAUCAUCGCCGCCCGUCGCCGCCACCACUGUUCGGCUCAACGUCGGGGGGACGCACCUCGAGACGACGUGGGAAACGCUGCUCAAGUGCGACGACUCGCUCUUUCACGAGCUCCGCGCGACCGCGGCCUUGCCCGACGGCUCGUUUUUUGUCGACUGGAGCGCGGCGCACAUGGAGCGUGUCCUCAUGUUUUUGCGGUCGGGUUACCUGAACCGACACGGCCUCGCGUGGUACGAGGACGACGAGCUCAGCCGCACCUUGCGCUUCCUGAAGAUCGACCCGGAAAGCAACCGGUGCCCGUUCACGAAGGCGCUCGAGGAGCCCAAGGAGCCCAACGCGCACUUCUUGGCGGACGACUAUGACGACGAGGGCGUCCCGAUGGCGUCGACUCCGCACGUGUGUACGUACGGGGUGCCCGGCUGCGACGACUACUUGAUGCCUGAGCCGAGCCCGCGCCCGUCACUCAAGAACCGCGCCAAGGGCAAGAAGUCCAAGGGCCACAACAAGUGGCGCUACUAGAGCCAACACAAUAUCUUCUGUACCAAAACGUUGUGAAUGAAUGUCUUUAAAUUGGGUC